AUGAGCUUUCUCAAGGCAAUCCGCGAGUGCCUCACAGGCCAGGAUGAGCCCGAGUACACCAAGACCAACGACGAGAAGACCGAGGUUGGUUGGAGGUACCCCGAAGAAAAGAACACUCGUCCCCAACCUACCACCGAAGAACUCGCCGCCUCCAUCCUCUCCACCCUCUUCACCGCCGAAAAAUCCGGCCACGAUCUCGACCGCCGUGUCCAAGACAUCGUCCGUUCCUGCGGCUGGUACGAAGGCCUCGCCAAGCGCGUCCUGGACGGUCUCGUCGCUGCCGUGAAAUCUGGGGCGGCCAUGGGUGGGGCCAUGAAAGAGGCAUCCGACAAGGCCACCGUUGCGGCUUCUGAUUUCGUGCACGAACACCCAGUCUUCACUGCUGCGGUGGCUGUUGUCGUCGCGAUUGGGAUACUGGUUCUUCUCGCGCCAUGGGCUGUUGAAGCGUUAGGAUUUGGGGAGUUAGGUCCCAUUGAGGGCUCAUUUGCGGCGUGGUGGCAAUCGACCUUCCCGGAUGUCGAGGCGGGAAGUUUCUUCUCUUACCUGCAGAGAUUGGGCAUGAGGUGGGGGAGGAAAUGA